AUGACAUAUGCUCUCUACGUUGACCUUGAAGCGUCUCAUACGAGUUCGGUGAUGGCUUUCCGGCAUGGAUGGGCCGUAUUCGUGCAUAUAUCCAGAGAUGCUGACGCAAUGACUCAUGGUAUCUACGGUGUGGGAGUUGCCUUAAGCCCCAAAGCUGAAGGCACCUUACUGGACUGGAUCACAGCAAACAAUCGUCUUUGCGCUCUGCAGGUCGAUGCGAAAUCCAGCAACAAACCCCUACUCGCCGGCACCAGGUUGACUCACAACUAUGUUAGGCCAAACCUAUCAUCCGCGUUAUACAUAUCACAAAGUCCAGUGAAACUGCAUCACUGCCAACCACAAAGAUUACUUAGUCAGGCUGCCAACGAUACGCCGGUCGCAAGGAAAUAUGCCAGAGGCACCUCUCACGCCACAAUUAUCGAUUCUCUAUUCGACUCACUCAGGCAGGCAGAUUGUGAUACGGUGGAUGCCAAUGAUUUACUAGAUUUAGGUGGAGUCUUCCAGUUUCCGUCACCUUUGUGUUCCAACUGUGCCUAA